GCCUACCCGAGCGAGCCACGUCCGCCGCAGGAGCGCCAGGGAGCGGUGCAGAAAUGGAUUUUGAAGCUGUUACAAAGUAUUCGAAACUUCAUGCCAAGCCUCCAGGACUUUCCCUUCAGUAUGGAACAGCUGGAUUUCGUACCAAGGCAGAAAACCUCAAUCACACGAUGUUUCGGAUGGGCUUGCUAGCCGUUUUGAGGUCGAAGCAGACAAAAUCCACCAUUGGUGUGAUGGUUACAGCCUCUCACAAUCCUGAAGGAGAUAAUGGUGUGAAGUUGAUUGAUCCAUUGGGUGAAAUGCUGGCACCAGCCUGGGAAGAACAUGCUAACCACUUGGCAAAUGCAGAAGAGCAAGAAUUACACCAUGUGCUGGCUGACAUCUGUCAGAAGGAAGCAGUUAACCUACAGGUUGAUGCUUUUAUUGUUGUUGGCCGAGACACCAGACCUAGCAGCAAGAAGCUUUCGCAGUCGGUCAUUGAUGGGGUGUCUGCCCUUGGAGGUCAAUACCAUGACUAUGGCUUAGUAACAACACCGCAGCUGCACUACAUGGUUUGCUGUCGAAACACUCAUGGUGACUAUGGGACUGCGACAGUGGAAGGCUACUAUCAGAAACUCUCCAAGGCUUUUGUGGAACUUAUAAAGCAGGCUACCAGCCAGCGGGACGGCCACAUGUGCCUGAAGGUGGACUGUGCCAAUGGCAUAGGGGCUCUGAAACUGAAAGAGAUGCAGCGCUUCCUUCCGCCGUGCUUUGUGAUGCACCUAGACAACGAUGGAGCAAAAGGCCAGCUCAAUCACCUGUGUGGUGCGGAUUUUGUGAAGGUCCAUCAAAAGCCUCCUGUGGGUCUAGAAAUGAAGCCUGGUGAGAGAUGCUGCUCCUUUGAUGGCGAUGCGGACCGAAUUGUUUAUUACCACACUGACGCUGCUGGCCAUUUUCAUCUUCUUGAUGGAGAUAAAAUAGCAACUCUGAUUAGCACUUUUCUUAAAGAACUUUUGGUCAAGGCUGGCCAAACCUUAACAUUUGCAGUUGUGCAAACAGCCUAUGCCAACGGGAGCUCUACACGUUACUUAGAAGAAACCAUGAAGGUUCCUGUCUACUGUGCCAAAACUGGAGUGAAGCACCUGCAUCAUAAGGCCCAGGAAUUUGACAUUGGUGUUUAUUUUGAAGCAAAUGGACAUGGCACAGUACUGUUUAGUAAAGCUGCAGAAAAGAAGAUUAGAUGCCAGGCUAAAGAGGAAAAAGACAUUGAAAAAAGAGAAGCUGCAAAGAUGCUUGAAAACACAAUUGACUUAAUAAAUCAGACUAUUGGUGAUGCUAUCUCGGAUAUGCUUGUGAUAGAAGUGAUCUUGGCUCUGAAGAACUUCACAAUAUCGCAGUGGGAUGCCAUGUACACAGAUCUUCCUAACCGGCAACUCAAAGUGAAGGUUGCUGACAGACGAGUUAUUGACACUACGGAUGCUGAAAGAAAGGCAGUGACACCCCUUGGGCUGCAGGAGGAAAUUGACAACCUCGUAAAGAAGUUUAAAUCAGCUCGGAGUUUUGUUCGUCCAUCUGGAACAGAAGAUGUCGUCAGAGUCUAUGCUGAAGCAGACACCCAGGAGAACACAGAUAAACUUGCACACGAAGUCAGCCUGGUUGUCUACCACUUAGCAGGGGGAGUUGGAGAACCACCCAAGCCUGUUGCUUCAUGAAGCACCAUUGUUCAAACUGGACAUAGCUCCUCUCCAUUUCUUUUUGCUAUUUCUUCAUCUUUGCCAAAUCAAAUUUUACUAGCUGAAACUCAUCAGUUUUUCAUCAAAGCUGCUUUAGAAGUGGAUUGCCACUGUCUCUUAAGUUGCACUAAAAGUCAGUACUGAAGUCUUAACUCUGAAUAAUUUUCAGAUACACACUGAUGAUUAAAUUGUGACAAGCACACUUUUUGGCAACAGCAGUGGCUUCUAUUUGAAAAAACUUUUUACUGCUUGUUCCUUGGAAGUGCUCAUCGGACCAUUGCUGUUUCCUGAUCUUGGGAAAACAGGGAUGUUCCUGUUCUUCUUAUGUUUGGAUUGUGUCCUCAGUUCUUUCUUUGGCACAUAAACACCUGAGCUACCAUCCACAGAAGGAGCUGGGCUUGCUUCAUUUGGUCAAGGACCACUUUUAUGCUGAGCAAGCAGUAGGGAGCUGCAUGUUCAGAAGGUUUGGCCAGGACCAAGUUUAGGUAAUCUUCACUGCAGCUUCUUUUUUUACUUGCUUAAUUUCUGCUGAAUUUCACUUUUAAUGUUAUAGCAUUUUUGUUUCCAACGGAUUCAUCUUUUAUUCAUUUAUUUCUAUUGUAUUUUAAUAUUCCACUCUCCAAAAUAGCUCCUAGUUGCCCAUUUGCAGUAGUGUCAUGAUGUAUCUUUGAUCAGAUUGGUAGGAUUUCCAACAUGUUUAUAUUCAGAAAAGGAAUCGGAAUCUUCUUAAGGAAGCUUAAGAAUCUUAUGAACUUAAGAGGGCGUCUUGUCUCUUUGUGGCAGCAGCAGGCAAUUUUAUGGCUGUCAAAGAGGGUACAGGCAACCCCGUGCCACAGGAGGCUAACCUAGCGUUCCUCUGUGCCAAAUAGCCUCGUGAGAGAGCACACACUGACCUAUUUCUCAGAGAGGGGGCACUUGGAGAUUCCAGCAAUACAGGUGGUGAGGUGGGCCAUUUUGCUUCAGAUUCAUGAGGAUUCCUUGAAGGAUGGCCAGCUGCAUCUCCUACUGCAUUGCUAGUGCUGAAGAGCCAUUUGCUGGACUCUUUUUGAUAAACUUGAGGCCCACUCAUCACUGCCAUCUGACAGUAGGUCAAGAUGAUGGCUUCUUUUUAUGGGGCCACAUACUACCUGAAAACACACCAUGACUGUGCCCAUCGCUCUUUCUUUCAUAAAAACACCUCUGCCCUGAAUUGAAUGGGUGCGAUUGCUCAGAGGUUCCUCUGCCCUUCCUCCCCCAUAGCAGUCUGAGGGAGAACAGGGAAUGUAUUGUAUCUGCUAUGUGACUUUUCACUGUAUCCAGAUGUGCAUCAGAGCAGGACAUAAACUUAUCACCCCUGUUAUUGGCUGAAUGUGUAGGGGGGGAGUGAGGAAAAAACAGAGCCCUUAAAACUGCUUGUGUGUAGCUUUGCUUGAAAGCCACUAAGUGCCAUGAUUCAUAUGCCUUGCUUCUAAUGAUCAAACCAGCACUAAUAUUAUAAUAAAUCUCAAUAUUUCUUA